AUGGCGAGUGCCGUACUGCUCGGUGUGUUGGCCCUGUGCGUCAGUUUCCCUGCCCGCGCCCAGGAUGUUCGAAGGCAGUAUGUAGCUGGCUGCGGAAGCUUCUCACCACCGGGCUUCGAGAAGCAGCUCGCCGACAUGAAGGAAGAAACGGACCGCAUGAAAAACCAAGUCGAUCUCCUGUCGCUGGUUCAAACCUUGAUGAUCCAACAGUCCGACCUCACGUCCAGGGUGAACAGCUUAGAGCAGCAGAAAACAAGUCAGCAAGGCCUGAUGGACAGUCUGACCAACCAACUGUCAGAAGAGAGAGUCAGGAGUGCAAAGCUGGAAAGCAGGGUACAGAAUCUGACUACAACCUUGUACGAGCAUGACAUUAACAUCAAACAACGGCUGCAGUGUUCCUGUGAGCGACUGGUGCCAGAUGACGUCAUCUCUACAAUCACAGCCACGCUGCCCAGUGAGCCAGUGUUCACCACUGUCGCCCCGGUAACUAAGGUGACGUCACCUACGGAGCCGAAGACCGACACUCCCACCGAAAGUCCCGCAGCUAAGAUGACGACAACAACCCAACCCGGUAUCUCCCCUCCUGCCGCAGAGCUCACGGGCCCUGUAACAGGGAUUCAAAUCCGUCUUGCCGCUGGCUCUACCCAACUUGAAGGCCGAGUGGAGGUCCGAAACGGUACCGGCCAAUGGGGCUCCGUCUGUGAUGACAACUUUGACCUGCAGGACGCUCAUGUUGUCUGCAGACAGCUCGAUUUCGGGGCGGCCCUGGAGGUGAAACUGGCGGGUCAUUUUGGGGAAGGUUCGGGGAACGUCUGGCUGGACGAGGUUGCCUGCAGGGGCAUCGAGACGGACCUUGGAGACUGUCCUGCUGACUCCUGGGGACGGAGUGACUGUUCACACAAGGAGGAUGUAGGAGUCAUCUGUGCAGGAGACGCAGCUCUCCGGCUGGUUGGCGGUCGGGCUCCCUGGAAAGGACGGCUGCAAAUCCGGCCGUGGGGAGCGUUAGAGUGGGGUGCCGUGUGCAACACCAGCUGGACCGAGGCUGAGGCCGGGUUCGUGUGCAGACAGAUGGGUUAUACCGGCGGGGUGACGUCAUCUGGGCAGGCAGACAUCGGAGAAGGGCCGGAGAACAUCUGGCUGGGUGACGUCACCUGCAGUGGAGACGAGACCAACAUCCUGUCCUGUGGAUUCAGCUGGGAACCUUCUGACUGUGAUCAUAGGCAGGAUGUACACGUCAUCUGUACAGGCAGAGUCUCAGUCCGACUCGCCGGCAGCCAGAAUCCGUCAGAAGGUCGAGUUGAGAUCCAUCCCGGAAAUGGUGACUGGGGAACGGUCUGUGAUGACGGGUUUGACGACAGGGACGCCCAGGUGGUCUGUAGACAGCUCGGGUACUACACAGGGUCCGCCAGGGUAGGAGGACUUUUUCCUGAAGGGACAGGAAACAUCUGGCUGGACAAUCUCAACUGCGCGGGGAACGAGUCCUCUGUAGCGGGCUGUGAGAUCAACAGGUGGGGAGACCAUGACUGUACCCACAAGGAGGACGCAGGUGUCGUCUGUGAAGCAGAGGAAGAAGACUGUGCCGAGUACCAUUCAUCAGGAGUGACAACAAGUGGAGUCUAUCCAAUAGGCCUCCUCCCCGAUGAUGUGGAGGCGUACUGUGACAUGGACACGGCAGGGGAGUCACGCUACGCAGAGUACAGCACCUUCAGGGUAUCCGGCGAGUCUGACGGGUACCGGCUGCGCAUUUCCGGGUAUUCGGGCACCGCGGGAAACUCCAUGGCUCUCAACGGGUACAGGUUCUCCACUGUGGACAGGGACAAUGAUGGCAGCAGCAGCCGCCAUUGUUCCCAGGGGUACGGACAGGGCGGCUGGUGGUUUGGUGCCUGCGGCAGCUCCGCCCUCAACGGCCGCUACCUGGGCAACUGUGGAAGCUCCUGUCCAGCCUGGCAAGGUGUGGUGUGGCACAACUGGAGAGGCGGGAGUUACUCCCUGAAGUCUGUGUCCAUGAAGAUCAGGCCGUAA